UCGUGUUGUGCGGUCAUGUGGUGCGGAGCCAGCGUGCGCUCGCCUCCCAUCAUCAUCGCCCUCUGAGUGGUCUUCUUCAGUCCUCUCGAGCCACAGCCACAGCCACAGUCACAGUCACAGCCAGAAGCCCAAAAACCAAACCAAACCAAACCGAAACCAAGUCGAGUUCCCCGACGAAUUCAAGUUCCGAAUCCGUAUCCGAAUCCGAAACGAACUGAAGGAUUCAAAAAACGCCAGGAGACCCCCAAAAAUUUUUUGUUCUUGUUCCUCAAGUCCCUUGCAACAUUUAGCCAACACAAAAAUAAAAAAAGAAAAUUAUAAGCAAAGUGCUCAAGUGCCAACAUAAAAAAAAGAAUUAAAGAUAAAGAAAAAAACCGGAACCCAAGCAGCCAAGCUGAAGAAAAUAUAUAUUCAAUAGAUGUGCCUCCGUCAAAGAAGAGGAAUAAAUAUUUUAUGUGCAAUUGUUAACGUUUUUUUUGAGAUUUUUUGUUCCUGUGCGGUUUGAACACGAGUGCGAACAGAACAACAAGAAAUUACAAAGCCAACAACAAUAACAACAACAACAACAACAGCAUCGAAAACAACUUCAACAGCAACAACAACAACAACAACUAUAACAACAACAACAACAACUAUAAAAACCGACAACAAGGAUGAAGAAAUGCUGCAAAUGCAAAAACAACAACAACAAAAGCAGCGGAACGACGAGCGAAAAACGACAGCGGCAGCUACAGAUACAGAUACAGAUACAGAUACUUGUAACUAAAGUGACAUGAGGCCUUAAAAACAAUAACACCAAAGCAACUACCAAAAAAAGAAGAAGAAGCAGCAGCAAAAAACAACUAAAACAAGAACAAAAAGGAAACAAAAAAGCGAAAUAGGAACAAAGGAUACACGAACUACAAACAAAAACAAGCAACCGUAGAGCACUAAAAACCAAAUUACAAACAAUUAAAAGCGAACCGAAGGGAAGGAUCCUCCAGAGAGAAAGCGCUUGACAACGGUACUGCAGCCACGCCCCCCUCCAGAAAACGCACAUCCGCACUAACAGAGAGAGAGCGAGAGAGAGAGAGGGAGGGAGAGGGAGAGGGAGAGGGAGAGGGGAAGAGCCAGCUACAUGCCUCAAUGGCAGCAGCAUCGUUUAUGGCCAACUAAAACUGAGCAGCGGUCCCCACAAAGGACCCACGAAUUCUCCUCCUGGCCAUCAGUCCAUCAACGCUGGGACCUUUGUCUUUGUUUCGCAUCAGCAACAGAAACAGCAGCAGCAGCAACAACAACAGCAGCAACAGCAACAUCAGUAGAAACAACAGCAACAUCAGUAGCAACGUAGCAACGCCACCGAAGGCGGCAAUAAAAAGGUCGCUUUUGUGUUUCGGGUGUCGACAUUCCUGCCAGCCCUCAAACCCAAUAGCCAGGUCGUCCUCCUACUACUCCUCCACUGGCUGCCACGCCCACCCCCGUAAAAACGGUGUCCUUGUCGUCAUCCUCAGACGCCUGUGGCCACUCAAUUAAGCCCAAUUCAACGCAACUUGAAAGCGACAACGGCAACAAAGGGCAUCUGAAGCUAAAGAAACAAAAACAGCGGAAGGAGGAACAACAAUAGCUGCAGAAACAGCGGCAACAUAAAUAAUACUUGAAGCUAUACACCAGCAAUAUCAGCAGCUGCAGAAACACCAGUAGUAAAAUAUAUACCAUAAAAUAGAAGGAAAGAAAGAAAAGAAACAGUGGUUGCAGCAUCAAUAAAGGAAUCAGCAACAUAGGGAAUUGAAUUGGGCAGCAGCAACAUCGCAAACAAACAAGCAACAUCAGCAGUAGCUACUCAAAACAGCAGCAACUUGAAGAUCAAGUGGAGUAAAAAAACAGCAGCAACAUACGCAACACUAGCAAUAAGUGAAGUAGCAACAACAACAGCAGCAACAUUUGCAGUAGAAAAGUAAACAGGAGCAACAACUGAAGUAGAAACAACAACAUCUGGAGUAGAAAAACCAACAGCAAUAAUUGCAACAGCAGCAAACGCAGCUGCAAUAGAAAAAGGGCAAUAAAAACUAUUGAAAAGCCAGCAGUACAAGCAGCAGCAUCUAUAGAAACUGCAGUUGCAGCAGCAACACAAGUGGCAAAUACAGCAGCAACAGCAGCAGCAACAACAGCAGCAGCAGCAGCAGCAGCAAUACAAGCUGCAACACCAAUAGCAACAUCAUCAGUAGAACGUUAGAAAAGCCACGCCCACGUUAACGCCAACGCCAACGCCUCCGCCCACUCGCACACACCCACAAAAAUACGAACAGAGGGUGAGGCAGAGAGGGGAAAGGGAGGGGGAGGAAUCAGAGAAGGGCGUGGGCGGCGGGAGGCGGAGAGGAGGAAGCGGCAGAAGCGGCAGAAGCGGCAGAAGCGGCAGAAGCGGCGGAAGGAGCAAAGGAAGCGGACGGCCGAGUGGAUGUCAGGAUGAAACUGAGCGUGAGCGCGUAUCGGGCGCAUGCAUCCGCACACAAGAAGAUCCUCUCCAGCGGCUAUCACUCACAGCUCAACUACGGCAGCACUGGAGCGGCAGCGGCAUCCUCCUCGUCGUCGGGCGCCACUGCAACGGGCCUAUAUGCGAUGGAAGCGCACGAGCACGAAGCUGGAAAGUUUGUCAAGGAUGUGGCCCGUCAGGUGCACGAUUGCAACAGCGACACGGACGUCAUCAGUCCCACGGGCACAAGUAGUUCCGGCGGUGGUGGAGGUGGUGGAGGCGGCGGUGGAGGCGGUGCCGGUGGUUCGAGCGGUGCGGGCGGAGGAUCCGGCGGUGCCGGUGGACCCAGCGACGGUGGCUAUCACAAGCGCCACCACAAGAUGGUCCGCGAUGACGACAACAAUAGCGCGGCGCACUCGUCGGACAGCAAGAGUCCCAGUCAGCGGAAAUCGCGUAUCGGAGAUGGAGCUUCAGAUCCAGAUUCCGAUUGGACACGAUCGAACCAGCGCUGGAUGAAGCUGCGCACCACCGUGCAAAUCUCGUCGGCGAUACAGAAGAAACCACCGCUCAAGCGCGAAGACUCCUUCCUGAAGCGUUUCUCGACUAGACAGAUACCCGAAACACAGGAAACUGUUGAAGAUACGGGUUCAGAAAGUGCCUCUGGUGACGUCGACAAAAGUGUUAAACGACGGCGACGCUAUCUGCAGAAACGACGUUCCGUUGUUAAUCCAGAUGAAAAUUUUUACUUCUAUUGGUUAAUGAUGUUAACUGUAUGUGUUCUUUAUAAUCUAUGGACCCUAAUUGUGAGGCAGAGCUUUCCUGAACUGCAGCAAUCUGUGCCCACGUUUUGGCUCAUCUGCGAUUCGAUGACAGAUGUUGUAUUUAUCUUAGAUAUAAUAGUUCAAUUACGCACAGGCUAUCUGGAGCAGGGCCUAAUGGUAUACGAUGACAGGAAGCUGGCCUGCCACUACGUUCACUCGCGCGACUUUAUCUUCGAUAUGAUUGCGCUAAUACCAUUGGAUCUGCUGCAGCUCAAGAUGGGCACACAUCCGCUCUUGCGUUUUACGCGCUUUUUUAAAGUUUAUCGAUCUGUGAGAUUUUAUUACAUCGUAGAGAGUAGAACAGUUUGGCCAAAUUUAUGGCGCGUUGUUAACCUAAUUCAUAUCCUGUUGAUACUGGCACACUGGUUCGGUUGUUUCUAUUUUUUACUCUCCGAGGCGGAGGGCUUUCAGGGCGAUUGGGUGUAUCCUUAUCGACCCGGGGACUAUGCCACCCUGACCCGAAAGUACCUGGGCAGCCUGUACUGGUCGACCCUCACACUGACGACCAUUGGGGAUCUGCCCACGCCCGAAACGAAUGCAGAACCGAACUUUUCGGUGGACGGCCCACGAUCAAUUCCGCGGCGUGGCAUUAAAUCGCGACUGCUUCAAUUCGGCUCUAGUUAUGGAUAUAUUUUUACGAUCGUUAGCUAUUUGAUUGGUGUUUUUAUCUUUGCCACGAUUGUGGGCCAAGUGGGCAAUGUGAUAACGAACCGGAAUGCGAAUCGCUUGGAGUUCGAGCGCCUGCUUGACGGGGCCAAGACUUACAUGCGGCACCACAAGGUGCCUGGUGGAAUGAAGCGUCGCGUGCUUCGCUGGUACGACUACAGCUGGUCCCGCGGAAGGAUCCAAGGGGGCGGGGACAUCAAUACCGCCCUCGGCCUUCUGCCCGACAAGCUGAAAACCGAACUGGCCCUGCACGUCAAUUUGAGCGUCCUCAAGAAGGUGACCAUUUUCCAAGAGUGCCAGCCCGAGUUCCUCCACGAUCUCGUGCUCAAGAUGAAGGCCUACAUCUUCACCCCGGGCGAUUCGAUUUGCCGCAAGGGUGAAGUGGCCCGCGAGAUGUUCAUCAUCGCCGAUGGCAUCCUGGAGGUCCUCAGUGAAACAGGCAAGGUCCUCACCACCAUGAAGGCCGGCGAUUUUUUUGGCGAGAUCGGCAUCCUCAAUCUCGAUGGGUUGAACAAACGCACGGCGGACGUGCGAUCCGUGGGCUACUCGGAGCUGUUCUCCCUGUCCCGCGAGGAUGUCCUGGCCGCCAUGAAGGACUAUCCGGACGCCCAGGAGAUCCUGCAGACGCUCGGCAGGAAGCGGCUGAUGGAGGUGCGCUGCGUGAACAAGAAGUACGCGAAGGCGCAGAGCGACAAGGAGGCGGCGGCCUAUGCGGCGGCCCACCCACACCACCACCAAGGUCACCACCAAGGUCAGGUGCACCAGAGCGACAGCAGCGAGAACAGUGCCUCCAAGAAGAUCGUGGACAAGCUGAAGCACGACGUCAAGGGAUUUCGGAAUGUGCUCAAAAAGUCCAGGACGUCGCGUAAGAGCGACGAGUCGCUGGAGAUGCAGCCGCUGCACAACACCUCGCCGCGCGGCAGCAAGAUCCUGCUGAAGCGGAUGUCCCGCGUGCGAUCGGACGAAAAGGAUGCGGAGAGCGCGGAGGCGAAGGACGAGCUGCACGACAAGACGCCCAGUCCGAUUGGAGCGGGACUGCCGCUGCUGCAGCGCCUGCGGCUCCUCAAGGAGAAACAGGAAUCGAUCCAGGAGGAGCCCGAACGCGAGUUCAGCGAAGGCUUUCUGAUCCAGCGAUUGCAGCAGUUGAAAAUAAAGAACGAGCCGCAGCAGGCGAUUGCCGCCGAUCAACCCGGCCUCGUCAUGGUCAACACGCCGCCGAACAUCAGCAGCAAGAUCGAUUCGCAUUUCGCAGCCAGCCAAUCAAUGAUUCCCGGCUCGAAUGGCGGAGGACUUGCGGCUCCUGGAGGACAAUCCCUGACGGUGGCCCAGAUCAAGCCCAUCAUGAAGGUGUCCUUCAAGCAGAAGAUCCAACAGCUCCAGGGAGUGGGUGGUGGUGGUGGUUCGCCAGCCGCAAGUACAGGAGCCAUUGCCAAGAAGGAGCCACCGAAAUCGCUGCCUUUGGUGGCCAAGCACGGAGUGCCAACCGAGGAUCCAGUGAGCUCCACUGCCCUUGGAUUGGGAUUGAGUUCGGUGGGUAGUUUGGGUGGUGGGGCGGCAAGUGCCACCGCUGGAAUAGCCACCAUAUCGAAGCGGGUGAUCAAGCCAAGUGGUGCUCACCGGUUGGCAACGCCACUCCAAUCCGAUACGGAUACCGAUGGAACGCCCAUCAAACCCUGGUCCAAGCUCAAGUUGGCCACACUGAUGUCCUCCAGUUACACGAGUCUCACCAAUUGUUCUCCCGAUGAGUUGACCUCCUCGCCGCUGAAGAACUACUCGCUGAGCAAUAUUCCCCAGCAGAUGGAGACGCAUCCGCGACCGAGACAUCACAGUGCGAGGAGCAGUUCCCGAUCCCCGCGACAUCAUCACCACCACCACCACCAUCAUCACACGCAACAAAAUCUACAGCAGCAACAGCAGCUGGGAAUUGUGCAGCCAGGACAUCGAGGACAGCAAUCUCUAUUGAGUGCCACUGGAAGCCAAGUGAAUCAGUUGGCCAGUGCUAAGCGGGAUUGCUUGAGACUCCAGAAACCCGAGCAGCAUUUGCCAGAUGGAGAACUCACUGAACUCGGGGGAAAUGGAAGGCGGAAGCUCUACCAGAGUGUCUUUGAUCUCUCGCCGGAAUAUUGCGGCCUGCCCUUCGUGAAGCGUCUGAAGAUCCUGAACGAGCGACAGAAGCUCGCCGAACUGGAGAGAGCUCUCCAAACGCGGAGCUUCAGCUUGGAUUGCUCGAAAUCCGGAACGGAUAGCAAGGUGCCCAUUACGGAGUCACUGUACCGCUGCUACAGUGAUACCUCCGGCAUCUACUCGCAGUUCCUCAGCACGUACGAAUCGACCACCAGUUCCGCAUCGAUAUCUACGAAUACUUCUGCAUCCGCAUCCGCCUCGGCAUCUGCAUCCGCUUCAGCAUCCGCAUCCGCAUCCGCAUCGGCAUCGGAUAGCAAUUCGCGGCAAAUGCAAUAUGUUCCCCUGCCACCAAGUCCCGAAUCCAAUGAAACCAUGGAGCGUCGCAAGCUGAAGAGCAUACUAAAAAAGCUACAAAUGGGCGGGCAGUCACAGAAGUCGGAGGAGGAUAAGGAUAAGGAUAAGGAUAAGGAUAUGGGGUCAAAGGUCAGAGGCGGCGGGCAGGGCCUGCCGGCGGAGCCCACCGUGGAAGGGUACGUGGCUAGGCACAGUAAGCUCUUGAAGAGUGUAACCUUCCAUUCCACUCUUUCCAGCCCGCCCGCCACUUGUUCCACUGCCGCUGAGGAGUCGCCCUCCUACGGCGGUGGUGCGGCAGCGGCGAGUAACGGUUCAUUCAAUAACGGUUGCCCAAUCGCAAACGCGGCGAGCGGUACAAGCGGUACGAGCGGUACAAUAAAUAUCACCGGUAGUGCUUCCGUUAAUUCGCGUUCAAACAAUAAUAACAGUAAUAAUAAUAAUAACAAUAAUAAUAGUAAUAAUAAUAAUAAUAAUAACAAGAACAAUGGCAACGGGGCGUAUACGUGUCCAUCGGUUGGGCAAUUUCCGUUUCCGGUUUCGGUUUCGCCGACGUUGACGUUGGUAACGCCCACGAAUUCGCCGCAAGAGAGCUACGUUCCAUUUGCCGGCGAAUUGAGCGUUGGCAGCGCAUCAGCGUUGUCGUCACCGUUAGCUGCAACUUCAUCAUCAGCUGCUGCUCUUGCCACAACAGCUGCAACAUCCGCAUCCGCAUCAGCAUCGGCAUCCGCAUCCGCAUCCGCAUCGUAUGUCGUUGAGUGCAAAUCCGCGUCGUCGAAUCAAAUUCUACAUGCGCAAUCCACCACUGAUUUGAAUUUGAAUUUGCAGCUCAGACAAAACACGAGCAGUACUUUGGGUGGAUCGGGUCAAGGGCCACGCCUCGAAGGCUUUCCGGAGGCACAGGAUUACUUCAAUCAGAUCCUCAACGGCAUCAAUCACGUGAUCAAGACGCACAUGAACGAAAUGCACUCGAAGUUCGAGACGCAAUUCUCCAGCAUGGCCGGCGAAGUUCGACGAAGGGAUGCCAUCAUCGCCCAGCUGCAGCUCAAGUUGCGCUCCAUCGAGGGCAGAUCCUCGGUGGCCCCGGUGGCGUCCACCUCCUCAUCCGCCUUGGUGUUGCCACUCAGUCGGCGGCAGAAGCGCGAGAAGAUGUCCCAGUUGUCCGUCGACGACGACGAGCCGCCCGAGGAGGAGGACAACAGCAGUUCUGGAUCCUCCGCAGAGCUCCUGUUCAUGCGCGGUGAUUCCCUGGACACGGUGUUCACCUCCUCGCCGCCGAUCCAGGGAGGCAGAAGGAGUAUAUCACCGGGUCCGAGUCGCCACCAUGCGGCAUCGGCGAAUGCGCUGAAUUGUCCAAGUAGUUACUACGGAGGACCAGGAUCCCUGAGUUCCCGGCACGCCCAGAGCCACCCGAGUUUCUACUCCGGCCAGGGAAACGGACGCAGUGGUCGGAGCAGCAGCAGUGGCUACCGGGAAUGGAGUGGCGGAGUGGACAACCUGGGAAGUGGAUCUAGUAGUGGCGUCAUGGUGUCGGAUGUUACUGGAAAUCUGGCGAGGUUAUCGGACAGCGUGAUCCUCGACAUUGGCGAGAGUUCCAGUUCGAGUUCCUCGUCCAGUAAGAUCAACAUGGCCGAAGUGGAGGACGACGACGAUGAGGAGGAGGAUGAGGAUCCGGAUCCGGAUAUGCUGGCACGCAGAAAUCGCAGGCAGGAUGAGGAUGAGGAUGAUGAUGGAGGCGGCGGUGGAAGGACGAGCCACAACGACUGGGAAGUCCAAAUGUUGGCUGCUGAAAUGGAAAGGCAGGAGCGGAAACGUGGUCACUCCUUAUCCGAUAAUCUCGGCGAGCUGAAGCACUGCAGCACUUUUCUGCGAAGACGCCGAAAGUUCAGUGACACGGAAACGGAGUUCAGUGAAACGGACAUGGAGGAGCAGCUGGCCAGAUCGGCGAGUGGUUCAAUGGAUCCCCAGGGAUCCACAGGCGCUUCUAGUUCCACUGGUGGAGGAGGCGGGUCCACCUCCGCUGGCCACCAAAGUGGAAGCCAGCGACCGAGGGCCUCCAGCUUGGAUCAAUUCAAUCUGCGCUAUGGAAUCGGACGAGGAAUAUUUAAAGCAAUGAGCAUCGACCGUGAUAAAGACAAGCUUUGAGAACUAUAAUCACGACCAAAACUAACCCGAUUCCGAUCUCAAUUCCGAUCUCGAUCUCUAUCCCGAUCCCGAUCCCGAUCCCGAUCCUUAUCCCCAUCAUAAUUCCCAUUCGAAUCCCAACCAGAAGCGGACAACCAAUAAGCAAUGGAAUUCGGACAGUAUUACCAUGGUACAAGAACUAGGUAUAUAUGUAUAUGAUAUACAAAAACUACGGAGAUGUGAGGACAUAUAGAUCUAUAUUCUAUAUAUGUUUAGCCCUAACGAAUCCCCCAAAGCAAAAACCAAACUCUAUAUAUAUAUACAGAUAUACAUAUAUAAUGUAAAACCCGAAUGAGAUAUAUAUAUACAUAUAUAUAUAUAUAUAUAUAAAACAAAUGUAGAUUUAACGGAAACAACCAACUACUACUAAAAACCGAAAAACAACACACAAAUAGCCAGAGAGUUUUCCCACCCCUGUUCCAAUUUUGUUCCAAUUCAUUUCGCUUUCUUACAUAGCGUCCUUGUCCGUACCGUUGUUUCUUUUAAAUGUCCUUGCAAAUAGAAGUAUUAACAUAUAAAACAUAAAAAAUAGGAAACAGACUAAUAGAAAUUUUCAAUUCGGAUCAUAUGUGCACCAUAACCUUAAAUUUAUUCCUUAAUAUUUCACUUGUCCGUUAGUUGUCCGUUAUAUAGAGUUUAUUAUGUUUUCAAUUGAAAAUUUUUAUUUUAUUUGUAAAAAUCUUUAAGAUCGGGUUACUAGGUAUAUGGUUUGCAAGCACACCCAAGAAAUCGGUCACUCGAUUCCAAAGUUUCCUGCUCGCUUCCGUUCGAAAUUCGUUUAAAUUCGCAUUGUUGUGUGUGUGUGUGUGUGGCCCUGUGAGAGUGUGUAUGUGUGCGAGCGAGAUAGCACGAGAGAAGAAAAUUCCCACAUUAAACCGUCCUAAAAAACGUCCAUGCCACGAUGUGCAUGCUUAUUCAUUUUGUACGUAUCUUUAUCUGUAACGAAAUCUGCAUUUGUAUCUGCAUCCCAAUCAACUCGAUUUCGAAAACGAUCUCGUUCCGAACCCAAAUCGUAAUAGUUAGGCGUAUUGAUCAGUUUCUCGUUUAGUUUCGUGAACGGCGGGGGCGUGGGUCUCUCUACAGAUGUAUAUACCUCUUAUUGUUAGAGACUAUGGAACAUAUAUAUACAUAUAUAUUUUAAGUACGUACAUAUAUACACAGAAAUAUACAUAGUUAUAUAUCUAUAUAUGAACUAGAGUAAUGAAAACCGAAAGCUUUAAUAACUUAUAUAGAGAACUAUUUAAGAAACGUUUUAAAUACUAACCGAUUCGGAUGAAUGUUUUCAAAUAGAACAGGCCAACAACACCCAUUUCCGAAAAGAUGAACACAAACACCCACACACACAUGAAAAAAUACACACACACACACACACACAAAACAAAAAAGCAAAACCCUGCAUACGAAUAUCUAAAUAUAGAGCCUAUAAUAUGCAUAGAUUAGCGAUUUACUUGUUAAAAACACUCUCGUUUCGAGCUGUUAAGCCUAUCUAAGCGUUAGUCGAACCUAUCGAAAAGAACUUAGACUAGCCUCCUGUCCCCUUUUCCCCGACGCCCCUGCAUCCGUUCGGUUUCGCUUGCCCUUCUGACCCUUGCCCCUGACCCCUGACCCCUGACCCUUUGACCUCUGAACUAGAGACAUUAUCUCGCCAAAUGAAUGGCAACUCUAGCACUUAAGUAGUUUAAUGCCGUUCAAGGAUCCAUUACGAAACCGAAUCGCACCGCUCCUCCCAAGAAAAAGCAAAAUAUUAUCUGAAAACUAGGAAAAGAACACGAUUGUUGAUUGAUUCUUGAUUUUGGUUUUGAUUUUGUCGUUGCUCUCUGAACUUAUUGCUUAACUAAAGACAGUUACUAGCCAGGCCCUAGACGCACUCACUAAUCAGCCGAUAGAUUCCGUAGAGAAAAGUUAGACACCCAACUCUAGAGUUUCGUAGUUUCAACUAGCCGCUAAAAAGGAUGAUAAGCUGUACUCAAGCUACUUACUAUCGCACUGGCUAUCUUGGCUAUCGAUAACUAUCGUACUGUACUUAGCGCACUAAGCCAACACACAGCUACAAACACAUACACACACCUACACAUGUAUACAAAUUGAAGGAUGUUGAUGAUAAUCACAGAUACCUUAUUCCACUAUAGCUAUUUUACAGGUUGGGAAACGUAAGGUAGUUAUCAAUCUUGAUCGAUACUUUUACUGAAAAACAUCGAUAAGUACCGAUUUCUAUUUAAAAUGAUUACUGUUUCAAGGGAAAAAUUAUAUUUUAAUGGGUUUAUUUUUCCUAAAUUUUUAUUUGCAAGAAAACCUUUACAUUUACUUUAUUAUUCAUUUAUGUCCAACUAUUAUUAAUUGUAUUAUGGAUUACUAUUAUGCAUUUAAUUUUUUAAAUAAUUGUUAGUCCAUGAAGGUUCAUUGUUUUCCCUUGAAAAGUGUUGAUUUAUCUAUUAAAAGUCCACGUACAGAAAGAAACAAAACCUGAAAUUCAAGGAACAAAUUCUCAAAUGGGUUCAAACCACAAAAAACGUAAUCUACAAACCAAAAAAAAAAAAAAAACGAAACAAACAAAAAUGCAACAACUUAAAUGGGUCACAGCCAGCUAAGCAGUCCAACUAAAUGUAAUAAGACAAACGACAAGCACAACACUUAUGUAAUUCAAAAAAAAAAAAAAAAGAAAAGCAAAACAAAAAACAAAAACAACCAGAGGAUCGGGCAGAAGUAACUCUAUAAGAAUUUGAUUUACUCGUUUAUUGGGUUCCUUUGUUGAAGGCCAAGUUUGAAUGCCAAGGAGAAAAACAUUUAAAUUGAAUUACAUACGCCAGGGACCACAAAAUGUUUUUUUGUCUCUUUUUUAUAAAAACGUGUAGACACAAAAUGGAAAACCUAGCAAAUUAAAUGAUAAUAAUGCCAUAACAAGCAAAGUGUUAUUGACCAGGAGGUAGCCGUCAUAUAAUCAUCGAUAAACCCUUAGCACCCGUAUUAUAUAGACCCCCGAUUCCCGAUCCCAAAAAGCAUAUAUAUGUGUAUAUGUCUAACUGAUUUCGUACGUACCACUCACUCUUGGUUCAAUUGUUGUCAGCCAACGAAAAGCUCUGUGAGUCAAUUAUGUAUAUGGAUCAUUUUAAAAAAAGAAUUGUUUUUAAAGGAGACGCCAUGACCGAUUAUGACCUAUUUGUAUUGUACUAUAUAUAUUGCAUUGAAUACCGCGGAUUGUUGUCGUUGUUGAUUUUAAAUUUUAAAUUGCUCGUCCUUAAGUUACCGAUAUUUUUGUACAUUAGUUUAAGGUAGCGCAUAAUGAGUCCCACGAGUCUAGAGUAAAUUCCUAUAUAAAUGUAUAAAUACAUAUAUAUAUUUUUUUUCCUCCUAAUUGCUAAUUUCGCAAUGAUGUUGACCGAAUACUAAACAGAAUGUACUUAUAGUAAAAUUAUACGCAAAGAUAAUUUAAACUAAACUAAAUGGAAACUAAACCCCAAAGCAAGCAAAUGCAAAACCAAAACAAAGAAAUUAGCACAUGUUAAAGAAGCGCAAAUAAAAGUGAAAUAAGAACUUAAAAUGAGAGCAAAAACUUGCCUUCGGUUGCGAGUUACUUUGUAGUGUGCCAAAUCCACAUCAUAUCAACUUUUACUCACCACAAGGUAUGAUGUUGCUGCAAAAUAAUACGAACCUAGAUUCGAACACUAAAUGAAAACCAAAACCAAAACCAAAAACCGAUGCAAGUGAAGCAAAGACCCGUGCAACCAAGGUGAAAUAUGAAAGAAAAAACAAACAAAGCAAACAAACAAGAACUUAUUUGAAUAAAAGAGAA